CAGGGGCCGCCGACCCGGGGCGCGGGGAGCUAGGCUGCGGCGUGGCUCGGUCCUAAGGCUCUUCGGAAGCUGCUGGACGACCUGUCAUUAGGCCGGCACUUAAUGCUCUCUGUUCCUCGCGGGGAAAGGGAGGAAGGGUUAUCCAGGUCGUGAUGGGCCCCGUGGAGGAGGAGGACGCGCAGCGCACUGGGGGAGCGGACACCUCGCUGCCAGGUCGGAAAGCUCUCCAGACGCCCUUCCAGGAGGGAACCGCAGUCCGCAGGCCAAGGCUGUGCUCUGGGGCCCGCGUUCGUGGCCCCUCGGUUCCCGGACCCAUUCAAGUGAGAGUUAUGAAGAUGAUGACCUAGUAAACUCUGAUGAGGUUAUGAAGAAACCAUGUCCAGUACAGAUUGUUCUUGCACAUGAAGAUGACCAUAACUUUGAGCUUGAUGAAGAAGCUUUGGAGCAGAUAUUGCUACAGGAGCACAUACGCGAUCUUAACAUAGUAGUGGUAUCUGUGGCAGGAGCUUUUCGUAAAGGGAAAUCAUUUCUACUGGACUUCAUGCUUAGAUAUAUGUAUAACAAGGAUUCUCAGAGUUGGAUUGGUGGAAACAAUGAACCAUUGACUGGCUUUACAUGGCGAGGUGGUUGCGAAAGAGAAACAACAGGCAUACAAGUCUGGAAUGAAGUAUUUGUGAUUGACAGACCUAAUGGAACAAAAGUGGCUGUGCUGCUAAUGGAUACCCAGGGUGCCUUUGAUAGCCAGUCAACUAUCAAAGAUUGUGCAACAGUGUUCGCUUUGAGCACUAUGACUAGCUCUGUCCAGGUAUAUAAUUUGUCUCAAAAUAUUCAAGAAGAUGAUCUUCAACACUUGCAAUUAUUUACAGAGUAUGGCAGACUUGCAAUGGAAGAAAUCUACCAGAAACCAUUUCAGACAUUAAUGUUUUUGAUUCGAGAUUGGAGUUAUCCUUAUGAACAUUCAUAUGGUUUGGAAGGUGGAAAACAAUUCCUUGAAAAGAGAUUGCAGGUAAAACAAAAUCAACAUGAAGAGCUGCAGAAUGUAAGGAAGCACAUUCACAAUUGUUUCUCAAAUCUUGGUUGCUUCCUUUUGCCACAUCCUGGUCUUAAAGUUGCAACUAAUCCUAGUUUUGAUGGGAGAUUGAAAGAUAUUGAUGAAGACUUUAAAAGAGAACUUCGGAAUCUGGUUCCAUUGCUGCUUGCCCCAGAAAAUUUAGUAGAAAAAGAGAUAAGUGGAUCUAAAGUCACUUGUAGAGAUCUUGUAGAAUACUUUAAGGCUUACAUUAAAAUUUAUCAAGGAGAGGAACUUCCACAUCCAAAGUCCAUGCUUCAGGCAACAGCUGAAGCUAAUAAUCUUGCUGCAGUAGCAGGAGCAAGAGAGAUUUACUGCAAAAGCAUGGAGCAGGUAUGUGGUGGGGACAAGCCUUACAUUGCACCUUCGGAUCUGGAGCGAAAACAUCUGGAUCUCAAGGAAGUGGCGAUUAAACAGUUUCGUUCAGUAAAAAAAAUGGGUGGAGAUGAAUUCUGCCGUCGUUAUCAGGACCAGCUUGAGGCUGAAAUUGAAGAAACCUAUGCAAAUUUUAUUAAGCACAAUGAUGGCAAAAAUAUCUUCUAUGCUGCUCGUACCCCUGCCACACUGUUUGCGGUCAUGUUUGCUAUGUACAUAAUCUCAGGACUGACUGGCUUCGUUGGCCUAAACUCUAUAGCUGUCUUGUGUAACCUUGUCAUGGGGUUAGCACUGACAUCUCUUUGUACUUGGGCAUAUGUUAAAUACUCUGGGGAGUUCAGAGAAAUUGGAACAAUGAUUGAUCAGAUUGCUGAAACACUAUGGGAACAGAGGAGUCCCAGGAAGGUGUUUUCCAAACUGUUUGAAGUUACUAGACGUCGAAUGGUUCAUCGUGCUCUUUCAUCAGCACAGCGACAGAGACUGUCAUCCAACAAUAACAAGAAGAAAAAUUAGACAGUAUUUUUAACUUUUUUCUCUAUCUGAAGUGUUCACACUUAUACAUGUAGGACAAUAAGCAGGACCGUCUGGGCCGGUCUGCAUAAAUGCUGUAUACAUACCAGAUUUGAUGCUGCAUAUAGGGUAUGGAAUUGCACAUCCAUCUCAUAGGAAUUGUAAAUGGUUUGAAUAGGAGGAAGUAAUUUUUGUUGCAUUAUAAAAUGUCUAACUGCAUUAUUUGUAUGUCAUAACUUUUUUGGGAGAAACAUCUUUUUAUUUCCCACAUUCCUGGUUAUUUUCUUCAUUGCUUUGAAUUGAAUUUUUAUAUCUAUUUUUAUAUGUAACUCUUUUUUUACCUCAUGUUUUUAUUUGUUUUGCACAUUUCUCAUACCACAGGUAUUGAAGCCCCUGGGUGAUAAUUUGAUGGAGGAAAACAUAAGGCAGUCUGUAACAAACUCUAUCAAAGCAGGCCUGACUGACCAGGUGUCUCAUCAUGCCAGAUUAAAGACAGACUGACAGUUCAUCUCCUCAUGGACUCCACUCUCCCUUUUUUUCAUGCUUGCUGUACAAUGAGAACUCAAUAAAAAUAAACCAAAGUUUACAAUCAACUGUAGAAGUAGUUUAGUAUAACUGGCUUCACAGAUGGCUGCCACAGAGUGUGAAAUUGUUUGUUGGUUUUAAGCAUUCUGUUCAUGGCUCCUAAGACAUGAUGAUUGCCUGAGGAGCAUUAGUUUAUCAUGCACACUAGUGCCAUGUUUAAUUCUUUUUUUUUUUUUUUUCUUUUUACUUAAUCUGAUGUUAGUGAAAUUUGUCUUACGUGAAAGGAUGUUUCAGGGAAAUAUUUUAAGAAAUCUAUUUAGAGUCUCUUUAACACAGUGUCCCAUUGAAAUUUUAAUUUUUAGAGAAGUUAUGAAUCACUGUAUCAAGAAUCAGAUUGGAAUGACAAUGAAGCCUUUAUUGAGCCACGACUUUAAAAGUAUAUAUUGCUUUACUGCCUUCAAUACCAGUAUUACAUAAAUGCAUGUAUCAGAAGCUUCACAGAAAUUACAUGACUCUUAUAGCUAAGAAAGUGAUUCUGAGGUGUACAUUUGUCUUGCCUUUUUAAAUUUAUAAACCUGCCCUAAAAGGAGAUGCAUAUCUGGGAAACUGAACUGUCUUUAUGCAGUUUAGCCUUCAUGUACAUAAAAUAAUGCCAUUAAUUUUAUUGGGGGAGAAAUUCCAUCCAAAAAUGUUGCCUACAGCUAUGAGUUAAGAGUGUCUGUACAGUGUGUAGCUUUUAUUUUCUAAAAUCACAGAUAGGGCAUGUAUAUGAAUUAUAAAUAUAUAAAUACGAUUUUGUAUUAAAAGUUUUGUAGUUUAUGGCAAAAUCUGGUUCUGUGGUAGGCUAAUUGAGUACAGUCCCUGUGAAGGAAUGUUUGUGGCUCAUGUCAGUGUGUGAAUGCAUAGACAAUUUGAAGUUUUUGAUAUAUUUGUGAUAUUUAUCUCCCUGAGCACUGCAAUCUCACUACCGCCCCUCCCCACCCAUCCACCCAAGGGAGUUCAAUGGGAAUGUUUAUUGUGACUUUGUCCUCUGUUGCAUUUUAAAGUUAUUUCCUGUAAUUUAUUUUCAGUACAUAAUUAAAAAUUUGUUGUAUAUAUAAAA